AUGAACGAGGACGAAUUAGGAAAUCUCGAGAUUGGUAUGCGGGCGAUUACAUCCAAUUCUCCAAUCACUGAUCAUCAGCAUACUUUUGUAGUCGAAAAUCUGGAGGGAAAGAUUCGUGACAGUGUUAAACAAAGCAGUAUGCCAUCGGAUGAAAGUCAAACUUCGUUGCAAAGUAUCUCAAGUAAUCUUGCACCUGAUCCCGAGGUCUUGGCAAGCCUUGAGAGCUAUGCAAAAACCAUUUCAACUAACAUAGACGUUGUGUUACGUGAUUUACGUGGCUCAUUAAGUGAAAUGAGUGAAUUGACCGUUCAAGCUAUGGAAUGUUUUGCUGAUGCAAUAUGUGCUUGCUGUAAUUCGGUGGAUGCCACCAUUAAAAAUACCUAUGCUCUGCUAGCAAAAGUCGAAGAAGUCAAUGAAGCAAUGGUUGGCAUAAGAAAAUUGUCCCAACAAGUGAAAGAUAUAAAACGUGUUGUAGAUUUAUUUGAAACACAACUGGUAACAGGUUCAAUGAUGUAA